GACAACUACAAAACAAUAGAACCUUACUAUUAAACGAGCAGUGAUCUCCUAGUAAGCUUUGUUCUGGUCAAUAGACUCCAGGAAGUACUAAACUUCAAAGCCAUCUCCACCUGCAGGAGUUAAAGGCAGUAGCCCUCAUCCACCAUGAAUGCGCCACCUAGAAUGAUUUGCAUCCUAGUGCUAAGGUUCCUAGCAUUCAGCACAACUCUUUCAGCAGCCAUUGUCAUGGCUACAAGUAAUGAGACACUUUCUUUCUUCACCAACUCUGUUGAAAUAUCGUACAGCAAUUCAACAGCCUACAAGUAUUUUGUGAUUGCAAAUGGCAUCGUAUGCGGCUAUAGCUUUCUUGUUCUCUUACUUCCUUCAGAUAGUUUGCUUUGGCGAUUGGUUGUGGCUUUGGAUGGGGGAAACAACCAAUGGAUAUCAGUAGCAGCGAGGCCGAGUCAUUUGAUGGAGAGCAUGGUGAUGGUGAGGACUAGGCUGCAUAUCUGAGGGGGUGCAGCUUCUUAUGUUUAUUUUUAGCUAUUGAACAAUUUGAAAAUUUUUAUCUGAUAAACAUUUUAUUUUCAAGUCUGUAAUGAUAUAUACACUCUUGUUAUGUUUUUUUAUCUUUUGUAACACAACACUAAAUAUUUCUAUCCAUUACUUGCUUUAUGCUUAA